AGCCCCGAAGAGAGAGGGUGGCGCGCGCGAGAGGGUCGAGGAAAGAGAGAGAGGGAGAGAGAGAGAGAGAGAGAGAGAGAGAGAGAGAGAGAGAAAGAGAGAUAUAGUAGUAGCGUGCGCGCGUGUAGUAGAGAGGGACUAUCCUCGAAAGGAUAGGACGGAUAACGACGAGAAGGAAAGAGCGAGAGAGGGAGAGAGACAGAGAGAGAGAGAGGGGGGUAGAGAAGGAGAGAGAAAGAUAGAGGUUGAGAAAGAGGAGAAGAGCGUGUGUGCGCGCGCGCGUUCGCGCGUAGAGACGCGUGCGUCCUCGUGUGUGCUUGCGACGUAUCUCGAAUAGCAGGAUUGCACAGAGAUGAAUGGACGGUUGGUCUGCCGUGCCUUAUCGCGACGAUGAUAUCGAGAAGAGGCCGAAUACGAGACUCCACCGAGGCGUCGUCGGAAGCAUCGGGAGGACGAUAUGGCUCUGGGGCUUUGCUCCCUUCAUCCUCCUUUUCCAGGACGAAAUCGACUGAGGAUACUUCGUUCAAGACGGUGGUGAUUAUCGGAGAGGAAGAGCACUGUAGCCGGCAGUGACCAUGGCGCCUCUCGUCGCGUGCGUGUAAACAGUGUUCAAAGAUCACGUUCGAAUUGUGUCCUUCUUUGCUGCUACACGUCCCUUCCUAUUCUUACUUGCAUACUUCGAUGUCAUCCCCUAUUCGUCUAUCAAGUGUUGAGUCUUCCGUGUGUUGUACGAAGCAUCGGUGUUACUGCGGGGAGAGAGAGAGAAAUAAAGGGGUGGAAAUGUUUUAGAAAAAGUCAAAUGCGUAACGGCGGACGAACGUGUGUGCGGUCGGUCGACGUAAAAGCGUGACGAUAUCGAAGAGCACAGUGACUCGUUGCUGUUUAAGUAUACAUAUAUGUAUAUAUGUAUUGCAUGUGUGAUAGAGGAAUUGAAGGAUCGUGCGAGUGACGGAUGUGGCGACGUGGGAAAAUACGCUGACGAUUUUCGUACGUUCGAUCGGCUUUGCCAAUUUCCAACUAUCCCUAAAUACCCUACGUGACUAUCUCGUUCUCUCUCUCUCCUUCUCUCUCUCCCUUUCUCUUUCUCUUGCAUAUAUAAUUAUCAUUGUGUACAAAGUUCGCUCUCGUUAAUCAAGUCAGUUGCAAUGGUGUUGCACGAAGUGGUGAUCUUCUACGAGGCCAAUUUGGAUAGAGGAAGCUCAGCACCUUUAUGUCCACUGUUGUUGACGCAUACUUACAGAAGACUGAGGUGUAUCAUCCCACAUUCAAAACAACAUAUCGCUUAUCCACCAUAAAAGGGGGAAAAGGGUGAUGGCCCGUACCACGCGCUCGCGACGAAAAAUGGCGAAUACGAGCGAUGCUCCCUCGACUGCGAGCAGCCUUUUGUCGAGCACGACGACAACUCCUUUCAGCAACCCCACAUCAACGACCUAUUCAACCGAGGGCUAUACCUUCAAUUACAGCGACCUCGCGAAUUUCGCUGGAUACUCCUUGGAUGAACUGAAUCACACAGGACUUUGGUUAGACGUGUGGAAUGGUACCGAGGCUGCUAAUAACGUGACUGAGAGGUUAAACGCCACUGUAUUGAUACCAGGUGGCUAUUGCGACGAGUGGGAGGCAGCCCAGCACAAGCUCUUUCAGGCAGCGAAUAUAUUCUUCAUGGUGGCCUUUCUGGUGCCGCGCUCAUUUAAGGCCUCCGUCUUGGCCCUCCGUACAUUUCUAACGGCCGGAUUUAUGCUGGCUGCGUUAUGGGCCGGUAUCACCAUAUGUGCUCUCGACGCCAUGCUCUGGUGUCUCUUCCUCGGCCUUCUCAACGGCAUACACUCCUUGAUACUAGCUUGUCGAUUUUUACCGCCUGCUCUCAGUCCGGAGCUUGCGGAGCUGUACCUCAAGCUUUUCAAACCUUACAAGGUCAGCAAGAAGCACUUUCAAGAAUUGGCCAAAGAAGCGAGGAUACUCAAAUUGGAUGCUGGUCAGACAUACGCGACCGAAGGGAUCACGCCCGCGGACGAAAGGCUAUCAAUACUUUUGCGUGGACAGCUGAAUGUAACGUGCGACGGUACCCACCUGCACCAUGUCAGAGCUUAUCAAUUCGUCGACUCGCCCGAAUGGGAAGCCACGCACGAAAACAUCGAUGACGUCUUCCAAGUAACGAUACGAGCCGAGGAAUCCAGCACAUACAUUUGCUGGACAAGGCUGAAAUUGCUGAGGGUAUUAAGGCAUAGGCCAUUACUAAAGAUCGUUCUCAACACCCUCAUCGGUAAGGACAUUACGUCCAAAUUAUACGCCCUUAACGAGCAACUCGCUGACGUUUCCACGGUCAGUGAGAACACCAGGUCGAAUCCUUACAGAGGCGUCGCCAGAAGUCUUAGCGUCGACGCCGUAAACACAGAAACUGCCGGAAGAGUUCGUUCGACCACGUGGAAGGCGCAAAGGAGGCACAGUAAUCCGCGUAGCGACAGAAGUUCACCAGCCCGAUAUUCUCAUCAGUAUUGGGCGCCUGUGGUGGCAAAUCAUUUUCCACCGACUUCGCCCUUCACCCAGGGCCAAAACCUCGGGUAUUCGUUACUGCCGCAGGGUGUUCAAUUCUCGCCACCACGGCGGGCGCCGCUCAUGUCACAUCCGCCACUGACGCGGCAACGUAGUGGCGGUGCGGGUGGCGAUUACACCUUGCUACCUCAAACACCGAAGCUCGAUAGGAAGCGCUCGAAAAAGGGCACAAGGGAGGUGACAUUCGAGACACCGGUAUGACGGUCGCUCGACGGGGAAGGCCCAGCCAGCGUGCCGCUUCUUUCGCUGUCGCCGCUACGUUUUGCCUAGCCCCGUCGAGGUUUCGAGAAUCUUAAGAAGCAAGUCAAAUUCAAGAAGGGAUUCUCAUUACUCGAACAUUCACCUCCUCGGCGUCAUUUUUGGUGGCGUCCAGGCAAGCAGACGCACGAUGGAGGAAGAAGAAGAGGAUGCCUAUUGGCCGAUCGUCGAGCCCCAACCUCUGACCCCUCCUCCUGUUCGAUGUCUAUUCGGACUUAUCAGGAUGAUCCGGACGUCGAAGAGACGACUCUGUGGUUCUAAAAAAUGCAAUGAAACUCCUUCCGCGUGUGCAGGCUCCCUUUAAAAAUAUUUGCACUAGCUCGGACUCCUUUUUCAGACUCUUUCGUAAAUAUCGUGAGUGAUACGAGCCUUAUACACACACACACACACAUACACACACUUACAUACAAAAUAUAGACCUAUAUACACGCAGGUACUAUUCGUACACCCGAAAAAA